CUGCCUGAGGCAGGAAAGGUGGCCGGAAGUUUACCCGAUUAGGCAAAUCAGCCACAUCGUACGGAGGGCGGUUUAGCCUAAUAGGAGGCAGGUAGAGGCCAUUCAGCAUGGAUCCUGGAAAUUUAACCGAGUUUAAAUUGACCUCAGGAGACAGCCAUACCAGCCACGGUCUGUCACCGCUUACUCCAGUUCAGUGUUUCUCCGGCGUGAGCCACAGGUGGUUGGAGCUCAUUGCGGGGUAGCGGGCGGUCGUGACAUCUCCAUUGGCACUCCUUAUAUCGAACUUCCUCGCUCUUACUCGAGUUCAGUCGUCAAGCAGACACAAAUUAUCUACUACUGCUGCUACAUUCAACAUGGGAGACAAAACCUCGGCCAAGUUCUCGUCUUUGGGCGCCAUCAUCCAAGAAUUCAACGUGGACGGCCAGAACAUCGUCCAAGGUUUCUCCACGAAAGAACUCUACGAGAAACAUAACUCGCCCUGGUUCGGUGCCAACAUUGGACGGGUCGCCAACCGAAUCAAGGAUGGUGUCAUUCGCAACCUCAAUGGCCGCGAGUACCAGCUUGAGAAGAAUGACCCUCCCAAUGCGUUGCACGGCGGUAGUCGGGGAUGGGGCCGCUGCGACUUCGAAGGCCCGACGGUGCUGAGUCGCAAUGGCAAGAACACGCUGCUGUACACGUAUCUGAGCCCCCAUGAUGAAGCAGGGUACCCGGGUACAGUGGAGUUGAGAGUCUUCUAUACCACAAGUGAAGAAGUGGAGAAUGGAAGCACCAAAUCUGUACUACACAUCGAGUAUGAGGCUGAGCUGGUGGGCGAUGAGUGUGAGGAGACGGUCAUCAACUUGACCAACCACAGUUAUUUCAACAUUGGCGGGGGCGCAACAACCGAAGGAACCAUUGCCAAACUGGCUACGCAGGAUUAUCUACCUCUGGAGAGCGGCAUUCCCCUGGGCCCCAUCGAGCCUUAUCCCAGUGAAGUAACCAAGGACUUUACCUUUGGCCCGCAUAACCAAUUCGAUGAUGUCUUCGUCAUGGAGCGCGAGAUCGCCCGCGUACCGCUCGAUACGCGCGGAGAGCCCCUCCGACUACAGGCGGAGUUCCAGCAUCCGGACUCGCGCUUGCAUCUGCAGGUACACAGCACGGAGCCAGCCUUCCAAUUUUACACGGGGCAGGGUAUCGACGUGCCUGAGACCGACAGGAAUCCAAGCCGGGGCCCGUUUGCGGGGUUCUGCAUCGAGCCCAGUCGGUUUGUCAAUGCGAUCAACGAGCCCGCGUGGCGGCACACGGUCGUGCUCAAGAAGGGGGCGAAAUACGGCAGCACAAUCGUGUACAAAGCCUGGAGGGGCCCGAGGUGAAUUGCCGGGGCCACGAAUGGGGGAUGUCAUGCCAUU